AUGAGUCAAGCGGCAGCGACAGCGGCAGACGCAACUGAUAGGAAUGUGGAAAUCUGGAAGGUAAAAAAGUUAAUAAAAAGUUUGGAAGCUGCUAGAGGGAACGGAACUUCUAUGAUUUCUCUUAUCAUUCCACCAAAGGAUCAAAUUUCUCGUGUGGCAAAAAUGUUGGCAGAUGAAUAUGGAACUGCUUCUAACAUUAAAUCUCGAGUAAAUCGUUUGUCUGUAUUGGCCGCUAUCACUUCAACACAACAAAGGCUGAAACUGUAUACCAAAGUUCCAACUAAUGGACUUGUCGUUUACUGCGGUACCAUUGUUACUGAUGAAGGGAAAGAAAAGAAAGUUAACAUUGAUUUUGAACCUUUUAAAGCAAUUAACACUUCAUUAUACUUGUGUGAUAACAAGUUUCAUACGGAAGCUUUAUCUGAAUUGCUGGAAUCGGAUAACAAAUUUGGUUUCAUUGUAAUGGAUGGUAACGGCGCUUUAUUUGGUACAUUGAGUGGUAAUACCAGGGAAGUCAUCCAUAAAUUUCAAGUUGAAUUACCUAAAAAGCAUGGCAGAGGUGGUCAAUCAGCUUUACGUUUUGCUCGUCUUCGUGAGGAAAAACGACACAACUAUGUUCGUAAAGUCGCUGAACUGGCUGUUCAGUUCUUUAUUACAAACGACAAAGUCAAUGUUACUGGGCUUAUUUUAGCUGGUUCCGCAGAUUUUAAAACUGAAUUAUCCCAAUCAGAUAUGUUUGAUUCGCGUCUUCAAACCAAAGUUAUCAAAUUAGUAGACGUUUCCUAUGGAGGAGAAAAUGGUUUCAACCAAGCGAUAGAACUUGCUGCCGAGAGCUUGGCAAAUGUCAAAUUCAUUCAAGAAAAGAAGCUUAUUUCGAAAUACUUUGAUGAAAUUUCUCAAGAUACUGGCAAAUUUUGUUUUGGUGUUGAUGAUACUCUAAAAGGUUUGGAAUUGGGUGCUGUUGAAACCUUGAUUGUUUGGGAAAACUUGGAUGUGUCCCGUUACGUCUUGAAAAAUUCUAGUGGUGCGGAAAUGGUUGUUCAUAUGACUAAGGAACAGGAAAAAGAUCGCUCCCUCUUUCUUGAUAAGGAGACGGGUAUUGAAAUGGAAGUGUGUGAUCGUAUGCCACUUUUAGAAUGGUUCGCCGAUCAUUAUAAGGAUUUUGGCGCCACCUUAGAAUUUGUAACCAAUCGCUCUCAGGAAGGCUCGCAAUUCGUUAAAGGGUUUGGCGGUAUUGGCGGCUUACUCCGUUACAAGGUCGAUUUCGACUCUUUGAAUUACGAUAGUGAAGAAGAUGGUUUCUUCUCUGAGAGGCGUCGAGGUGACAGGGCCGGCCGUGUUCCGACCAUAGGAGGUUAUGGUCUAUUGGUCAAAUUGAUCUAG